CUAAAUUUACGACAAAAGAAGGAUGAAGUGAAAAAAUUGCAAAAAAAUAUUUCAAAUUAUUUUUUAUAAAAUAGUUAAAAUAGUUAAAAUUAUUUUUUAUAACAAAAAAUUCUUGAAAAUUUCAUCAAACAAAAUAAAAAAGAAACGAAUAAAUUUUUUUGGCUUUCACGCAAAUUUUCUUUCUUUUGUUUUUUAAAUAGGAGAAUAAUUGAAAUAUAUAAUUAAAGAAAUGUCAUUUGAUAUUCAUGACCGGGAAAGUUGGUAUUUUGGACCUAUGUCCCGAUUAGAUGCAACUGAGUUACUAAUGAAUGAAACUGAAGCAGGUGUAUUUUUGGUCAGAGAUAGUAAUACAAUUAUUGGAGAUUUUGUGUUAUGUGUAAGAGAAGAAACCAAAGUUGGACAUUAUAUUAUAAAUAAAAUUGAGAAUGGUGAUCAAAUAAUUUAUCGUAUUGGUGAUCAAGUAUUUGGAGAUUUACCAGAGUUAUUAAGCUUUUAUAAAUUACAUUAUUUGGAUACGGCCUCAUUGAUACGGCCAGCUAGCACAAUUGUCAAUAAAACAGAUAGAUUGCUUAAUAAAACAGAACGAGUUAUUGCAAAAUUUGAUUUUGAUGGAAGUGAUCAAGAUGAUUUACCAUUUCGACGCGGAGAAAUUCUAACUAUUGUAAGUAAAGAUGAAGAUCAAUGGUGGACCGCCAAAAAUUGUUAUGGACAAAUUGGUCAAAUUCCGGUACCAUAUGUACAAACAUAUGAAAAUAGUAUAGCUGAUAGACCUGGUUCUGGAGGAAGUGCAGGAAGUAAUUUGGAUAACGGUACAAAUUGCACAAAUAUUCAAAAUAAUAUGAGUGUAAACCAAAUUCAUAGUGUCAGAACAGGCUCAUCACCACAUCAGCUAGGCAGCUCUUUAAAAAAAUCGGAUUUAAAUAGGAAAUUACCAGCUCUGGCGAUUGUCAAACAGACCCGUAUACCCAACGCGUACGAUAAAACUGCACUGAAAUUAGAAGUUGGUGAUGUUAUAACUGUAACAAAAACUAAUAUUAAUGGUCAGUGGGAAGGUGAAUUGAAAGGAAAACGGGGACAUUUUCCAUUCACUCAUGUUGAAUUUAUUGAGGAUAAUGAUAAUAAUUGCUGUAAUAAUACAUUUAAUUCAACACAAAAAUAUCAACAACAGCAACAAAAUCAAAUUAGUCCUGGUAGCAAUGAAAAACGACAUCAUUCUGGAAAUAAUCAACUACAACAGCAACAACAACAACAGCCACAACAACAAUCGCAGCAACAACACCAAUUUAAUGGUACAGGAAAUACUGAAAUUAGUAGUAAUAAUGAGUGGGGUGAUUGAAAAUAAUUUAAAAUAAUAAUAAUAUUAAAUGAUAAUAUGAAUAAUAAUAUAAAUAAAAAAUUACAAUAAUUAAUAAAUAACAAGAAAAAAAAUUAUAAUUAAAAAUAUUAAUUCUAAUUUGUAUAUGUAUACAAUUUAUUUUUUAAUUUUGAAUUUUGAAUUCGGUUUCUAAAACUCAAAUUUGCAUUGCAAACAAUACAAAAGAAGAAAAACAAAGCAACAAAAACAAAAUAAUAAAAAUGAUGAAAUUAAUUAUAUAUUUUAAAUUUAUAUUUUAAUAAGCAAAUAUCAUAUACGCAUAUAUUUAUAUACAUAUAUUUAAAAACAAUGUAACAAAACAAAGAAGUUUUUCAUUUGGAUGUAAAAAAUCUAUAAAAUAUUAUUAACUCUACAAUGGAAAGGUAUAGCGUUACGGUAUAAAUUAACAAAAUGAAACUAACAUGACGUAGAUAACGUAUGAAACGCACAAUAAAUAAAAUGAAAUAAUAAAAGGUCAUCUACCAAACGUUAACUCGAGUUUUUCGCAAAUCAAAUGUCAACUUGCUUUUUCAAUAAUGCAAUUAUUAUAAAAGAAAAUUGAGGUUAGGGUUCUGGUGAAUAUCCAAUUUCUAGUUUUGCAACUGUUUGAUUACUUAUUUGUGUUCCAUAGGUUUGUAUUUUAGAUAAUGCAGCUGUAUGAACACAUGCAAUUAAGCGAUCAAUUAAUUUGUGCUGAAAUGGUAAUUGCUAAACUAAAAGUUGAGUGUCUGACAGAACGCUUAGUCUGCCUUUAGGUGUAUGAUCUAAUAAAAGUUAAAUGUGCAGUUUUUACAUUUUGUAAUUAUUAUGCUAUAAAGAUUCAUAUUAAUUUAAACACCAUUCAGCAAUAUGUAACUUAAGCUGAAUAGUGUAAAAAAGCGUAUUAGAGCAUUUGUAACGUUUCCUUUCAUAAAUUAAAAAUUGCAAAAAACGAUGUUAAGUUAACACAAUUUGUAUUAUCUUUAAAUGACGAAAGAAAGAGAGAGAAAGAGCAAAAAAAGAAAGAAAGUUGAUUCACAUAUUUCAUUAUUGUAAUGUUUGUGUGCUUGCGUGUUUGGCUGUGUGUUAGUGUGUGUGUACAACUUGUGUUUGGAUAAGUUAUAACUGAUGAAAUAAAAUAAUUUAUUAUUGACGCCUACAUAUAAAAUUAAAAUAAAUGCUUCAUGUAAUAAAAAUUUUUCUAUUAUGUUCAAUGUUAUCUUAUCACUUACCGAUUAAUAAGAAAAAGUAAAAAAAAAUAUACUAAAACACACACUGAAAAUUUCAAUAAAAAGAAUCAUAUUUUUGUAAGCUUUUAGGGAAUAAUAUUUAUACUCGAGGCGAAAUUAUUUGUAAGGGAAAAAGUGCACUCAAUAGAGAAUCUACGCUUUUGCAUACAUGCAAUUAGGCCAUUUACGUAAUUUUUGGCGUGUAAAUUCGAAUUACAAUAAUAUUUUGUUAAAAAAUAUUAUUUCGAACAUUAGUCGCAUUUACUGAAUUAUAUAGUAACAAUAGAGUGUUAUUCCAAUUCCUAUCUCAGUGAUGACAUCAAAUUGAUUUAUUCAGCAGUCUGUAUUUCAGUCAAUAAUUAGUUGCUUAAUAAGUAAUAUUAACGUCAGAUUUGUUAUUUUUUUGUUUGGUCGAAAUGUAGCACGUGUUUACACAUUUGUCACUUAUAAAAUUUAGGUACAUACAUUUGUGUGUUUUUCCUAGACUUAAAGAGUGAAUACUAUGAGUAAAACCCUCGUAUGCAAUAUUAAGUUUAUACAUAAUUUGAAAAAAUAAAAGAAAUAUUAACUCACUAUCACUCACUUCAAAAUUACAAUAAUACGGUAUUAAUACACAAUUCAGCAACUUGUAAGCCGAUUACUUUGUUAAUAUUGCACUACUGCAAUUUUGAAGUCUGCCAAUUAUUUUAAUAAAUUCAACAUUGUUUUAAUCAUAUAAUUCACAUAUUAAAAAAAAAAAUACCUUAAAAUAGAAAUGUUUUCCCUACAAAGUCCCAAUGUAUGUAUGUACAAAGUAUGAAUUUCUAAAGUCUAAAAAGAAGUAUUAGGUAAAAAGAAUGAAAGUUAUUUUUUAUUUAACAAUUUGUUUAAAUUAAAAUAAAUAUAAUAAAUAAAAAAAAUAUAAUAAAUUUGUCUAAAAACAUAUUGUAAUUUAUCUCUUUGUUUCAUUUUUAAAUUUUAAUAAAAUUUUUAUAAAUACAAAAUAGAUUUGAUAUUCUACAAUUUAAUUAUUAGUUUAAUGUUACACAAAAUAUGUUUAAUUACUUUAAAAUAAAAAAAAACACGAUAUUAUUUUCACGCAUAAAUAUCGUGAUAUCCGAAAUGUAAAUUAAAUGUAAUAUUAGUCAUGUUAUAAUCAGAUCGAUAUAGUAAAAAUUGGAUACAAAAUUAUAAUUAGCUGUGGUAUAAAAUAUAUAAAUAUAAAAUGACAACCUUAUUCAAAUUGCAGCAAUGAUAAUAUUUGGUAUAAAUACUAUUGAGACUUCAAAAUUUCAAUAAUAUUUGUGCUAAUACUGAUUUUAGCUUUGAAAUUGUAAUUCUUGAAUUAUUUAAUUCACAGUAUUACUUCAAUUUUCAAGUCAUAGGCAUUUUAAGUAACAGAAUUACAAAAUAAUUUCUAUUAUUCAAAUUGUAAAAUGUAUCGUGACAUCCAAUAUGUAUAAAAUUUAUAUUUUACACUUUUUUAUACUACAUAAUUUAUUUGUAUUUUAUAUUGUUUAAUUAUACCCUGACAUUAACCACCGUAAUACUGUAAUAUUACAGAAUUCAAAUUAUGUUAAUUGCUAAUAUUUUAAUUUUAAGACUAUGUAGUAUUACUGCAAUUUUAAUGUUAUUUACAAUAGCAUUUGAAGAUAUAUAAAUGCAAUCUGACAAUAUAUUUUUCAAAUCAUAUUGGAUAUUACGAAUGUGUAGAUGAAAUUAAUAAGGUAACUUUUGCGAUUAAUUUACAGAUUUCAGCUUAUACGUUAUAUGAUAUGUGAAUAUUACAAAUUAAGCGCAGUAAUGAAUAUUACACAUCAUUCUAUUUGACUGCAAAAGGCUUUAAAAUUUUUUAAAGUUAAUUUUAUGUGUAACUGCAUCAAAGGAAGUGUUAAAUUAAAAUCGCAAAUUAAAAAUUAAAAAAGGGAAAAAACAAUAUGUAUUUUCAAUUAAUUUGUAAAAAGAUAUGUUUCCCUGAGAUCGGAAUUAUAAUAAUAAUGUAUUAAUGCCAAACUGAGCUUAUAAGUGCCAAUUGCUGAAUUAUGUAUGUAUCGAUACGGUAUUAUUACAAUUCCGACAUUAUGGUUUGUUUAACAGUCCCUGGCUUCAAAAUUCAGUAAUAUGGUAUUAAUAUACAAUUCAGCUUAUACGUUGUAAUUGCUCAAUUGUAUUGCAAUGUCGUAUCAUUGUAAUUUUGUCAAACAGCUUGUGUGUGUCAUUUUUAAAAACAUUUUUAAUAUUUAAUUUUUUUUAUGUUAUGUGUAAGAAAACUGCGAAUAAUGUUUAAGAAGGAAAUCUAUAUUUUAUGUAAAAAAAAACAAAAAAAAAUAACAAAAAAAAAAGCAAAGAGAAAUUAAGUUUUUUAUAUAAAGAAUUGAUAUAAAACCUGAAAUAAAUUUGAAAUGGAAAAUUUUUAAUGUAAAACAAAAUUUACACAAUGUUCAAUAAUGACAAGAAAUAUAAUAGAUAAUAUUUUGUACUGCAGUGUUGAACUUAAAAAUUUUUCUCAAUUUUAAAUACAUAAUUAAAAAAAACGAAAAUGCAUUAAAUAAUUAAUAAUAUACCGUAUCUUAAAAUUUUCAGUAAUACUGAAUUGAUUAAUUUAUUAUAAUUAAUUAAUUGAUUAUCAUUAAUUAAUUGAUUAUAAUUAAUUAAGUUAUAGUAUUAUUAAUUAAUUGAUUAUAUUAUUUAUUAGUUGAUUAUAAUUAAUUAAGUUAUAGUAUUAUUUAUUAAUUGAUUUUAAUCAUCAAGUACAUUCAUAAGUUAAAUUGUGUAUAUAUGCCGUAUUACUGCGUUUUUGAAGUAAGGUAUUACGUUAUUUAUACAAGUAUAGAUCUUGACUUCAAAAUUGCAGCAAAGUUUUAUUGCUACAUAAUUUAACAAUUACAAUAUAAUGCGAACCUGGUAUUAAUAGUCUAUAACCGCAAUCUUGAAGUCACAAAAACAGGAAAUGUAAAAAUAAUCGGAAAUAAUCGGAAAUGUAAUAAUAUUGUAUUAAUGCAGAAUUCAGCUUAUAAAUCUUAGCUCAGCUUGUGAAUCGAUACGGUAUUAUUAUAAUUUCGAUAUCAGACUAAAUCAAUAAUCGAAUGACAGUAAUAAUUAAUUAAAAUUCAUAUGUUUUCGGAAAUUUGAAGUAAAGAUGUAUUAAGAAAAUUGAUCUAAUCAAUUAAGAUUCUAAUACAUAUUCAUUUAACUGAUAUUCUAUAAUUACAAGUACUAACUUCAAGCAUAUAUCGUAUAUUAUAAGCACUAUACGCUACACAAAUUAUACAUAAACUGUUAAUAAAUUAUUAUAUGCAUCUUAUAUUGUUAUAUGCGUUUAUAAGCAUUAUUUAAAUUGUAUACAACUGAAAUUGCAGUAAUGUAAAAUGUUAUUAUUCCGCAUUUCAGGUUCUUAGUUACAAUUACUGAUUUGUGUAUGAACACUGUAUUAUUGCAAUUUUCAAGUAAGAUUAUGCCUCGUCGUCUAUCAAAGCCGAUCUGAUGUCAACUUUACUUUACAAUGUAAUUUUAAUUGCUGAAUAAAUUAAAUUGCAGAGAUAUUAUAGUACAUAGAUUUGUUUUGCAUUUUGGUAAAAACUGUUUUUGUUUAAAUUCAAAGUCUAUAGCAAUUCUGUAUAUUAACUAUACAAUAUCAGUUUAUAAGUAAUUUACAAGAUAAUUAAUGAAGUCUACACAAUUCAGAUUAUAAGUGCAGAAUUCUCCAGUAAUAAAGUUUCCUACCAGAAAUAAGAUUUGUUUUGAACUUUACACUUCCAUAUAUCCCCUGCAAUUUGGAUGGCAAAGGUCAUUUUCAAAAAAGAAAAAAGAAAAGAUAGCAUCAAAGAACUGGCAGUAAAGUAUUUUUUUUUGUAAUUAAAGAUCGACAUAUUUUUUUUUGAUGAAAAUUGUAUUGUAAUAAAAUAUUUUCGAAAUUAUAAAAUUUAAAGUAAUUUGAACGUAAAAUUUAAGUAAAUUAUAUAUAACAUUUUAUAAAGCUCUUAAAGUUCUCAUAUGCUAAAAUUAAAAAAAUAAAUAAAUGUCAUUGUUUAGGACAUCAAAAAUGGGUGAAAUUUUUGUUUUGAACUAUUUGUCAACUCUCAACAAUUUUAAAAAUACAGAAAUUUUAACGAGCUUUCGGGAAGUUUUUUUUUUAUAAGUUCCGUUCCGAAAAAGAUAGGGCUUCAAACAAACAGUUUUUGAAAGGCUUAGUAAAGGCUUGAAAUGAACAUGUUGCUAUUUUGUAUUUUAUGUACUUUCGGAAUAAGAAGCACUCGUCUUUAGAAAAAAUCAAAAAAAGUAAAAAAUUGUAUGCAUUGGGGUUCUGAUGCCAUUUCUCACAUGUUUUCAAAAAACAUUUAAUACAUUUUACCGGCAAAACUAUGAGAGAUAGAAGAAAAUUUUAUAUGAAUUAACUAUUAAUUAAAUAGCUCUUAUUAUAGCGCAUCUAAAAGGGGAAAAAAAUAACACAAAUUUUCGAGAAAUUUCGAGUUUUAAAAUAAAUUUUUAGAGCCAAUGGCUUGAAAAACAAGCUUGCGAAGGCUACUCUAUGUCACAUGGUUCCGAAGUUAUAGGUUAUGUGCAGGAAAAAUUUGGUUCCAUUUUUUUCAACAUAUAGCUCGAAAACUAGUAUGUCUGCACUUUCUUCUAGCCAUAAAAUGUUUUUUUGGAAAUUGAUCAAAGAAUUAUCCCUGAAAUAAAUUGUCAUUUUAAAAUUUCAAUAAAUUAUGAGAUUUAUGUUAAACACCCUGUAUUCAUACAUGUUUGUUAUAUUAUUAUAUUUAUGUACACAUUAUAUAUGUAUACGUAGGUCUUAGUUUUUAAAAAUAAAAAGCUGCUUUCCAGCUUUCCAUUGCACAUUAAUUUUUUUAAAUCGGUUAGAAUUAUGAAUGUUAGCCUUUUUGUCGAAGGCAAUAAUUUUCAACUGGGAUUUUUGGAUUGAAAUACUCAUUCGCGGCCCCCACUGGCGGACCACAUUGUCCCGCCGUUAUACUUUUUAGAGAAUACACGCCGUUACAGAUUCAUCCAGUAUCUCAUCUAUAUGACAAUAAUUUUUUCAUAUAAGUAAUAAAUAAUUACUUUCAAAAAGUUUGUCGCUGAAACUUGAAGAAUCCUUGACUUCAAAAAUUUAGUAAUGCUUUGUGAAGCAAUUCAGCAAUUACAGUUCGAAAACUGAAUUGUGUAUGAAAUGACAGUAUAACAGCUCUUACAGUAUAACUUCAACAUAUUAACUGUAACACGGUAUUAAAACAGAAUUCAAUAUGGUGUAUAUAGCAAUAUAUUUAUUGGACAUGUACGAAAUGUUCAUCUAAAAUCAAUUUAAUUUAUUAAGCAAUUAAAAUUGUGAAUUGUUUAAUAAGUUAAGUUGACCCUAUAUCUGGCAUUUUGGAAUAGAUAUGGCCAUAGUAUUACUAUACAAUUUUCAAGUGUAGGACUAUGUAACGUAUGUAUGUAUGUAGUGAUACUCAGUUCAACAUAGUUAGCACUUAUAACUGAAUUGUUACAUAAAACGUUAUAUUUCUAACCGAUUUAAAAAACGUUAAUUACUUCAUGUAAUUUGAAUGUCAUCAUCUGGAUCUAAAUAUUCUUCAAUUAUCCAAAAAAAUUAAUGAUUUCCAACAUAUUCUGAUGCUAAAGUAUCCAAUUUGCCUAUUGUAAAUGGUGGUCUAUUAUGUAGUGCUAUGAUUCUCGCAUUUUAAAUUUUGAUACUAUGUAAAUCGAAUAUCGCAAAUCUGCGUAAUCGAAAGUAAAGUGGUACUACAGAAUGCUACUUUAGUAUAUUUUCAAUUCACUUGCCAUUUUGUUUACGAAUCUUAUAGCGAAAGUGUAGGUGUUACAUUUAUUUUGCUUUAUUAAAUUAUAAAAACCUUGCAUUGCAAAUCUACUGAACUUAACUAAAUUUUUAUAAUUAGUAAUUAUAAUUAUAAGGUCAAAAUAAAACGCUAAACCAUUCCGAUUUACGGUAAUAGUAAAAUUCAUGUUAUGUGCCAAAUUUGUUUUGCUUCUUUAUUCUCAACAUUGCUUCUUCCAGUUUUAUUUCUAUGAGAAUUAACUUUUUAUCUACAGCCUUACAAAUUUCGGUAAUAAGUGAAAUGGUUUGCUGAGCAAAAGUAAUAUUAAAAUUUUCACCUACCUGUCUCUUGCUAUCCAAAUUGUUUUAAAAAAAUUAACAAUAAUUGCCUCCUUAAUAUACAUACAUUUAAAUGUAUGCCUAUUUUAAAAUAAUUCAAAUGUUAAUUUUUAAAAAAGUGUCAGAAAUGCCAAAAACAAAAAAUUUUAGAAAAUGCUGCCAGUUUAAAUUUUUUUGUGAAUUUUGUUAUAUAGUCCCAAAUCACUUGCGAAUCGCAAAUCAACUUACACAAAUUUGCGACUUUCGCAUUUUUACACAGUAGGCCACCAGGCUUCGACGUAUAUUAUUGCACCGUUGAUUUGGGAUUUUUUGAUUUAUAUGUUGUUGAGAUCCGUAUAUAAAUUUCAACAACUGAAUUGUUUACACAGCGUUACUUUUAGCUGAAUUCGUUUGUGAUUAAUCUUUAACUUCCAAAUUACUGUUAAAUGCUAUUUGUUUUUUUUUCCCAAUUUAUAAUUUGUAAUUGUUGAAUUAAUAUGUAUGUUAAUAUCGUUGUAAAUUACUGCAAAUUUUUAAAUCGGAGAUAUAUUAUUUCAUUAUUUUGUUUAUAUAUUGUAUUACCGACAAUAUGCUGAUUAUACUGAUUUCGAAAUAACAGUAAUAACUAUAUAUCGCUAUUAUAUACAAUUUAGCAAUUACGCAAUUUACAAAUUGAAUCGAGUAUAUACCCAAUUCAACUUAUGAAUAUUAACACCAUAUUAUUAUGGGCAUUACUAUAUACAAUUUCUCUCAAGUCAAACAGACGUUAACUUCCAAAAUCCAGUAAUACCGUAUUAGUACUCAAUUCAGAAAUUCAUACUUAUAAGCUGAAUUGUGUAUUAAUACCAUUUCACUGCAUUUUGGAAGUCAAGGAUUAUAUUUUGAUAAUCUGAGUAUAUAUUAUAUGAGUAUCAAAAUCUUUUAGCGCCACGUUAUAUACUAAAUAUAUAUUAUUCCCAAAUAAUUUACAAUAUUAUUAUAAAUAUUUAUUAAUUGUAUAUAUAUUGAAACCCAUAAUUUAUAUAUAUAAAAUAUAACUAUAUAUUCAAAAUCUAUAUUGUUACUAUUUUAUGAAAAGAAAAAAAAUUAAUAAAAUUCCACAAGAAAAAUACAUAAAACACAAAAAGAAAUAUUGCCAUCAUAUAAAUUUAAUAUAAAAUAAAAAAAAAACUUGGCUUCAAAAUUACAGUAGUACGUACGUAUUAAUACACAAUUCAGCUUUGCAAUUGCUAAAUUGUGUAAGACAUUAAUUUCUGCAAUUUUGAAGUCAGGAAAGAUUAAUCAAAUUCUUGAAUUCAAGAAUUUUUGUGGAAAAAAAUACGAAAUAGAUUAUUAAAUAAAAUAAUCAUACUGAAAAUUGAAACAAGAAUUCAAUAUUAAUUAUAAAAAAAAACAAAAUAAAAAUAAAUCAUAUUUUUCCAAAUGUAUUACAAUUUUAAUGUAUAUUUUUUGAUUUCAAUAUAUAAUUUAAAUGUAUAUUUAAACGGAAAGUAAUUGAAAAUAAAUAGAAAAUAAUCCUUAAAAAAGAAUA